CUCCGCCCCCUCCCCCUUUCCGCGCCUCCGCCGCGCGCUCGCGAGCUCAGGUAGCGGGCGCGCGGGAGCCUCCCCAGGGGCGCGCGGCCGGCUGCAGUACCCCCCAAGCCACCCCCACUCCCGCUGGCUCUGGGGAUCCUGGGGAGGGAGCGCGCGGGCGGCAGGCGGGGGGCGCUGGAGCCGGGUCCUGCCGCCGCCGCUGCCGCCGCCGCCGCCGCCGCCGCCGAGGCUUCCGUCUUGCUCGCUCGCGCAGCGGCGGCAGCAGAGGUCGCGCACAGAUGCGGGUUAGACUGGCGGGGGGAGGAGGCGGAGGAGGGAAGGAAGCUGCAUGCAUGAGACCCACAGACUCUUGCAAGCUGGAUGCCCUCUGUGGAUGAAAGAUGUAUCAUGGAAUGAACCCGAGCAAUGGAGAUGGAUUUCUAGAGCAGCAGCAGCAGCAGCAGCAGCCUCAGUCCCCCCAGAGACUCUUGGCAGUGAUCCUGUGGUUUCAGCUGGCGCUGUGCUUUGGCCCUGCACAGCUCACGGGUGGGUUCGAUGACCUUCAUGUGUGUGCUGACCCAGGAGUCCCAGAGAAUGGCUUCAGGACUCCCAGCGGAGGGGUUUUCUUUGAAAGCUCUGUAACCCGAUUUCACUGCCAAGACGGAUUCAAGCUGAAGGGCUCUACAAAGAGACUGUGUAUGAAACAUCUUAACGGAACCCUGGGCUGGAUCCCAAGUGAUAGACCCAUCUGUGUGCAAGAAGAUUGCCGUAUCCCUCAAAUUGAAGAUGCUGAGAUCCAUAACAAGACGUAUAGACAUGGAGAUAAGUUAAUCAUCACCUGUCAUGAAGGAUUCAAGAUCCGCUAUCCCGACCUCUACAACAUGGUUUCAUUAUGUCGUGAUGAUGGAACGUGGGAUAACCUGCCCAUCUGUCAAGGCUGUCUGAGACCUCUAGCCUCUUCUAAUGGCUACGUGAACAUCUCUGAGUUCCAGACCUCCUUCCCAGUGGGGACUGUCAUCGCCUAUCGCUGCUUCCCUGGAUUUAAACUCGAGGGGUCUGAGUAUCUCGARUGCUUGCACAACCUUAUCUGGUCAUCCAGCCCACCCCGGUGCCUUGCUCUGGAAGCCCAAGUUUGUCCACUACCUCCAAUGGUGAGUCACGGAGAUUUCAUCUGCCACCCGCGGCCUUGUGAGCGCUACAACCAUGGAACCGUGGUGGAGUUUUACUGCGAUCCUGGCUACAGCCUCACCAGUGACUACAAGUACAUCACCUGCCAGUACGGAGAGUGGUUCCCUUCCUAUCAAGUCUACUGCAUCAAAUCAGAGCAAACAUGGCCCAGCACCCACGAGACCCUCCUGACCACAUGGAAGAUCGUGGCAUUCACGGCAACCAGUGUGCUGCUGGUGCUGCUGCUUGUCAUCUUGGCCAGGAUGUUCCAGACCAAGUUCAAGGCCCACUUCCCCCCCAGGGGGCCUCCCAGGAGUUCCAGCAGUGACCCUGACUUCGUGGUAGUGGAUGGUGUGCCCGUCAUGCUCCCGUCCUAUGAUGAGGCUGUGAGUGGUGGCUUGAGUGCCUUAGGCCCCGGGUAUCUGGCCUCAGUGGGCCAGGGAUGCCCUAUACCUGUGGACGACCAGAGCCCCCCAGCAUAUCCUGGCUCUGGGGACACGGAUACAGGACCAGGAGAGUCAGAAACCUGUGACAGCACAUCGGGCUCUUCCGAGCUGCUCCAGAGUCUAUAUUCACCUCCCGUGUGCCAAGGGGGCACCCGCCCCACCUCAGACAACCCUGACUCAAUUACUAGCACGGCGGGGGAGGUGGCAUCCACCAGCCCGGGCAUCGACAUUGCAGAUGAGAUUCCUCUAAUGGAAGAAGAUCCCUAACUGGGUGAACGCCUCAAAAUUCCACUGCCCCUUGGGGAAAGGAAUCUUCAG